AUGGGGUGUUACAAGGAAUCAAAUAAGAUGACUGGAAAAUGGAACAGUACAACUGAUUUGAUCAUUCUACAAACCCAUCGUUUGCAUUCUUCUCGAGAGGCUUUCAGUGGCCACCAUUCGCCUAUGUUUGCAGGACCAGCCAUUCAGGAUAGUCGAAUGACCGUGGAAUCCUUCGUGAGAAGUUGGAUCUAUCGUGGCGUGCCGAGAGAAAAGCUAGUUGUGUCGGUGACUUCCGUACCUACUUCUGUUACGCUCAACCAGGAGCUUCCAUUCACCGACAAGGUGUUCGGCAUACCCGUCAUUCCGAGUCUGCUGACGCUUGGAAAUCAUAUACUCUCGCAAACGGAGAUCUGUGAGGCAGUUAAAAGUAACAACAGUCGGGUUCUUUGGAUUGAAGAAAGCGGUGUACCGGCUUUAUUCCACGGCUCAGUAUUUGUGGCGUUUGAUAACGAAAAGAGUGCAAAGAUUAAGGCAACUUGGACCUCAUCGAACAACCUAGCUGGAGUUGCCAUCCACGGGCUUCCACAGGAUAACCCGAACGCAGACUGCCCCGAUCGUCCAUUUCCGAUACUGCAGAGUAUUGUCGAUGCUCAGGUAUGUACACUUUGUGCUGUGAUGAAUCAAUCAAAGUGUUCGUCAUCGUUUCAAGUCGUCUGCGACUACCGUCUACCAGCGCUCGAUGAAGCACAACGUCUCGAUGCAAGCAAGAUUCCGUUCGAACUGUGCACCGAGGUGGUGGUCGAACAUGCAGUGAUCGAUGCCAACGCCACAGUUCGAUUCCCCUCAGAAGAACAACGUGAUGUAGCCAAGCAACUGAGUGGUCUCCGUUCUAAUAUGAAGAACAUGGUGAUUUCGUUGCGUUGUGGGAUGGAGAAAGGAGAAUUCGUUCAAUUUAUGCUAAGCAGAGCUAAGCGCAUGAAGUUGGCUGCUACGAUACGGUCAUUCAUGGACGAGUUCUCAUUUGGCGGAGUUGAGCUACGAUGUGCUGAUUUGGUUACCAAAAUUACAAAACUUCAGUUCGCUCAUUUUCUUCGACUACUCAAAAAAGAAAUGAAAACGAAAGAGGAAUGCGACAAGACCGUUAGCAUUCGCUUCUCGGCAUGGCAUACUAAUCUGCGCGCGAAUUACGAUAUCACGCUGCUGAACUCGCUGCAUCGCGUCGUGCUCGAGCCGUUCUCCGUUCCUCUGUUUUCCGACGGUGCCUUCGUCCACUCCCCAUUGUUCCCUGUUGACAUCAGUAACAAGUCCAUUACCUCCAUAGAUUCCGCUAUUCGUGACUGGGAAAGGUCCGGUUUGAUGCCUUCGAAAAUCUUACUACUAAUACCAUCCUACGGAAUGGAACAGUCUCUGUUGAACUGGACAGAUAUCGGUAUCGGUAGACCGACUGAAAAAGAGUAUUCGAUCAUUGGUCAGGCAGAGCUGUGUCAACGCCUCAAGUACACUGGUACAAUCCGGCAGACACACUGGGAUUCGAUGACAGUGAAUGCGUUUUCGACUAGCGGUAGAUGGAUUAGCAUUGAUGAUCAGCAAUCCGUAAAGUAUAAGCGACGAUCAUUUCAUAUGCGCUAUGCUCUACGCGAAGGGUUGGCAGGAGUUGGCUUGAUGUCUCUGAAUGAAGACGACCAUAUGGGAGCAUGUGGAUCAGGAGUUUUCCCGAUUCUUCGUUCGAUUUCAGUGAGAUGUCGCUGA